CCGGGGGUGGCUGUCUAAACUGACUGGCUCGGCAAAGGGUAUCGCGGGCGAGCACUGCUUGAUCUUCCCCUGCGACCUUACGUGGUCGUCUUGGGAUGACAGAGUUGAACUACACUGGGAAUCCGCUGGAUCAGCGAGUUUGUUGUGAGCCCGAUGAGCCAGGCGCAUUUGCCCAUUACCUCUAAGGCAGUUGCAACAGCUGCCAGCCAGGUUCCGUUCUCUGAUGUCCGGUUUCACUCCGGAAUAUAUCGGGCAGAUCAUUGACAUGGUUCGCUCGGACGACGUAUACAUCUCCAAUUACCUUGCUGUGUGCUUGAACUACAAGGUUGUAUCAACGGUGAGCUACCUGUUGGGUAUUGGAUUUUAUCAGGCUGAUUUCGGUUACGGCGUAUCCAAGUUUACGACAGUGCAUCCAGAAUUCAAUAUGAGAACGUUCAUGAUCAUGCCCUCGCCACCGCCAAGCACAGAUAUCCUCGUUAAUGUUUGCGUUUCACCAUCGGUUAUGAACACCAUCUUGAAGAACAAGUUCUGGAUGAACCUUGCCGAAGUAGUUUAUUAG